CGGGACGAACUGGAGAGGGUUCAACUAAUUUACACACUGGGGACUGGAGUUGGAGUUUCUCCCAAGCCCCAGGCCCCUUAUACGCCACCUUCGGCUCCCGCGCGGGUUGAGACGGUUGCGGCGGCAGCCAGACUCUGCUAAAGGGCGGAGAUGAGAGAAGACGCGAGAUGGGGAGGAGGCCUAGAUCGCCCCGCACAAGCUCCAGUCCGGUUUUUGCCUCCGACUGCUUGCUCCGUCCCCACCCGCUGUCCCUCGCCCCGCCCCGCCCCGCCCCCCACCUUGGGGCAGGUGAGCCGCGGCCAAUGGGCGGGCUCGGGGCAGGUGCCCGCUAACUCUCGCCUCGCAUCGCGGUGGCCAAGCCAGGGCUGGACAGUGCUGGGAGGACCGGGGGCGGGGGUCGGUCCUGGCUGGACUCGGGAGGGAGGGGGCCGGGCUCAGCCCCCAGGCCGUAGAGGCAGCUCGCAGCAUCGCACGGAGCCCGCGCCAGUGCAGGCGCCGGGAGCUGCCCGCUCGGCCGCAGAGGCCGGCGAGCCUAGCUGCGCGCCGUGGCCCGACUCUCCGUUCACUGGCUCGCACACCCCUCGCCGCUCCGCGCCUGGCUCGUGGGCAGGGGCUGAGCGCGGGCGGGCGGGCGGGGGAGGUGAGGGGUGCUGGUGUGUGUGCAUGUGCCUGGCUGGGUGCACACCCCGCACGGCGGCGGCGCCAGGACGCGGAGCGCUCCCCAGCGCCCGGCUGCCUCGCUCGGCUCUGGCGGCCGCGACCAUGUUCCAGCCCACAGCCAAGCGCGGCUUUACCAUCGAGUCUUUGGUGGCCAAGGACGGCGGCACCGGCGGGGGCACUGGCGGCGGGGGUGCAGGCUCCCAUCCCCUGGCGGCGGCCGCCUCGGAGGAGCCGCUCCGGCCCACGGCGCUGAAUUACCCUCACCCCGGCGCGGCCGAAGCGGCCUUCGUGAGCGGCUUCCCCGCCGCCGCGGGCGCCGGCCGCUCGCUCUACGGCGGGCCCGAGCUCGUGUUCCCCGAGGCCAUGAACCACCCUGCGCUGACCGUGCACCCGGCGCACCAGCUGGGCGCCUCCCCGCUGCAGCCCCCGCACUCCUUCUUCGGCGCCCAGCACCGGGACCCUCUGCACUUCUAUCCCUGGGUGCUGCGAAACCGCUUCUUCGGCCACCGCUUUCAGGCGAGCGACGUGCCCCAGGACGGGCUGCUUCUGCACGGCCCCUUCGCGCGCAAGCCCAAGCGGAUCCGCACGGCCUUCUCGCCCUCGCAGCUUCUGCGACUGGAGCGUGCCUUCGAGAAGAACCACUACGUGGUGGGCGCCGAGCGGAAGCAGCUGGCCGGCAGCCUCAGCCUCUCCGAGACGCAGGUGAAGGUGUGGUUCCAGAACCGGAGGACAAAGUACAAGCGGCAGAAGCUGGAGGAAGAGGGGCCCGAGUCGGAGCAGAAGAAGAAGGGCUCCCACCACAUCAACCGGUGGCGCAUCGCCACGAAGCAGGCCAACGGGGAGGACAUCGACGUCACCUCCAAUGACUAGGGUGUGGGCGGUCACAAACCCACGAGGGCGGAGUGCUGCUUGCCACUGGCCAGGCCCCUCGGCGGGCCCGGCAGGACUCUGGCCACUCCUUGGCCAGGCUGCGCGGAGGCCUCAAGUCACGGCCCCAGAGGGCUUGGAGCCUGGGGCCACCACCGACAGAGGGACAAGAAAUGGGCUGGCUGAGGCCCGGGACUGCUCGACCUUCUCCUCAGAGAGCCUGCCUGCCUGAGCAGGCUGCAGGCCACUGCAGCCUCCCAGCCACUCUCCAUUUCUCUCAUCUCCUUUUUGUUUUGAUGCGUUUCUGUUUUAAUUUAUUUUCCAGGCACCCGCUGUAGUUCUUAGUGAUCCCCUCGUGUCUCCCUUCCCUAUGGGAAUAAUAAAAGUCUCUCUCUUAAUGACACAGGCAUCCAGCUCCAACCCCAGAGCCUGCGAGCCCGGCAUGGUGGAUUCCGGCUCUGAGGGCCACUGGGGGAACUGGUAGAGCAAGCUUGUUCAGGGCCUGGGAGCCUGGGGUGGGGCCUUGGAGGCUCAGUCCAUGAACUCCUCUUUCUUGGUGGUUGACCCUGGUCUCUAGCUUCAACUCCACAGCAAGAGAACCUGAGGCUAGAUGUAGGGAAGGACCACCCUGUGUCUUGAGGGAGGCUAUGCUCAAGUCUCUCCAAACUUAAUGAGCAGUGGGAAUCAGGCCCAGGUGAGUCAGGGAGGAGAGAGCGUCUGUACUUGCCCAUGCGUAGGGCUCUGGUGGCUUCUCCCGUUGAGGGGAAAACAGAGGAAACGGGGAGUGUUGGGGGCUGGGUUGAGGGCACGCCAUGCACAGAGGCUGACAGUCCCUGCCGCAGGUCCUGGCCCCACCAGGAUGCUCACCUGUCCCUGGAGAGCCCCCCCUCCCCACCCUCUCGGCAGAUGAAAGCUUCAGAAGAAAGCUUCGGACCUCCGCUUGAGGCCGAGCUCGCACCUGGUUCCCGAGGGCUCAGGGCCUCCCAGCCUGGCAAAGAGCUCGAGGCCCGACCCGCUGAUCUCUUUAGUUCAUCUGCCUCCAGUUUGUCCACUUGUCUUUCCUGCUUGUCACACAUCAUGUCUUCCUUCAUCCUAAGAAACAAAACCUGUAUUCCUAACACCCUUUCCCUUACGAUGUCCAGACCUGCCUCUACCUCUUCAGCUCCCGUGUGCUACCCAACCCCUUGCUCUCCCUCCUCUGUCUCACCACUGGGCUGAUGCUCAUGACCGCCACCAACCAGUUACUGCCACCAUUGUGGCCAGACUCCACACCUCCUGUCUGGCUUCACUGCUCCUCAUCUUCUGGCCAUUCCCUCCCCCACCCCUCCCUGCCUUCACUUCAGUACCUCUGACACCUCUUCCUGCCUUUCUGAGUCCUCCCCAGUUUUAUCCCUGUCCCGUCGCCUCUGUCCACCUCGGGGUCAGUCCGUGCUCCUCCCGCCUCCCUCACUGUGCCCUCUGCCUGGGCCUUUGCAUCCACCUCCAGGACUUCUCUUUGCUUCCCAGCCAAUGCCUCCAGCCAACCUCUGCUGAGCUGCAAACCUAUGAGCCGGCUGCCUGCUGCCCUCCACACUCCCCAGCACCUCAAACCCAACGUGUUCACAGCUGACUCACGGCCCCACUUGCUGUCUUCCAGGAUUGCCCACCUUCACCAACAGCCAAGGUUUCUUCUACCUUGGGAAACAGUGUACAUGGAUCCCGGGGGUUUGGGAGGGGAGGGCAGGGGUGGGAGGCAUCAUGAGGUUUGUGCAGAUGUCAAGGAUGAGGCCCACUUCAAAGGAGGACCUGCGUGCUGAGGCUAGGGUUCUCGUCCUCAAGCUCAAAGAGGACCACGCCACCCCCUUCCUCAGGCCCCCACUCUGCUCCCUUCUUUCCCACCCUUGGCCUCUCCUCCUUUGCUACUGGUGCCCUCUGCUUCAGUCUCACCCACGUCAUCCCCAUCCCCCGGUGAGCCACGUGUUUGGCCUGUGCUGUGCCUUUACUUAUCCUAUUCUUGGCGCCUAGAAUGUCCUGGGGGCGGGGGGGUUGAUCAAUGUUGAAGUCAUUGGAAAGAAGUGAAGGGCCAAGCCUUGUUGCCUGGGGCACAUGCAGGGAUCAAAGCACAGAAGGUCCUGCUGCUGGGACUGUCAGUGUCUCUCCUGGGUCCAGUCAAUGCUAGAAACCAACGGGCUGUGUCCCAUCCCAACGCCCUCCCCAGACAUCAACCAGGAGAGUCCAAGUUGAACCUCACAGUGGACUCUCACUGCCAGGCAGGUUGGAUAGCCUCUGGGGAGCAGGUAUGCACAGGUGGGGUGAAGGUAAGAAGAGGAGGCAUUUUUUGGCACCAUCCCAGGGCGGAGGAAUGGGUAAAUUGUUCCUCUCACUUGGUGGGGGAGGGAGUGCAGGAAGAUCACAGCAGAGCACCCCUGUCAUCCAGAUAAAGGGCUGGAAAAGACCCAGAGAAACCUGCCAAUCUUCCUAGGCCAGGCCCGCAAGGGGUGGGGCGGGAGUCCCCGCCGCACUCCCAUCCAUGCCCUCAUGUUGUGCCUCUCCCCGCAGACGGUAAAUAUUGGUGUUGUGACUUCAUUAAUAAAGGCUUCUGUGAGCC